AGGCUUAAAUCGUCGUUUCCACCUGACGCCAGUGGUGCCGGCCCCAAAUCGAGCAAGGCUCCGCACUUCUGAACUCCUCCGUCCAGGCGGCCAGAGAGCCAGAGAGGGAUGGGGGCGGAGUGCCAUUACGAAGUAGCGCAGGCCGCCUACAUAAAGGUGGUCCUCCACGCCCUCAAGCACCGCGCCUCCCCUGUCGGCGGCCUCCUCGUCGGCCGCCUUCCCGAAGACAACGCCUCCACCGUCCAGAUCGCCGACGCCAUCCCCCUUACGCACUCCCAAAUCGGCCUGCUACCUUCCCUCGAGCUCGCCCUCAUCCAGGUAGAAGAACAUUUCGGGGCUGAGGGGUUUAGUGUGGUGGGUUACUACCACGCCAACGAGAGGUACGAUGACGCCGAGCUGGGAAACGCUGCCAAGAAGAUCGGCGAUCAUAUAUUCCGAUACUUUCCCCGGGCUGCGUUGCUUAUGUUGGACAAUAAGAGGCUGGAAGGGUUGCUGAAGGGGAAAGGACGGGAUCUUGUAGUGCAGCUGUACACAAGGGAUUCGUCAAAAAGCUGGCACCAAGCUGGAUCAGAUGGAAGUAGUCAGAUGACCAUAAAAGAGCCAUCAGCCAAUGUAUUGUUGUUGGAUUAUAUUUCUUCUGAGAAAUGGCAAGACAUAGUUGAUUUUGACGACCAUCUUGAUGACAUUAGCAAGGACUGGUUGAACCCUGAUCUCUUCAAGUAAUUGGUUCAGUGUUUGCUGGUAACUUCAUCGUUGGACUUACUAGUCAAUAUCUGAUAUUUUGCUGAACCAAUUUGCUUGAACUGGAAUCCUGAAAUCGUUCAAAAUGUUUGGCUGCCGUACCAGCCAUGGGAAAGUGGAGUACUUCGGUUGGAACAAGUAACUUUUGAUCACAUUUAAAAUCUAGCAGAAGAGAAAUUUCUAUAUUGUCUUUUAAGUGAACGGAUAGUUUGCAGUUGCUCUCUCUCCUCUCUUUUUUUUUUCCCUUGGCUUAACUUGUGUCAGGCAAGGAUUUGCAAUUUUAUAUACGUUUGCAGCCUUGCGUAUGUAAUCUGUCUGGUUCCAGUUAUUUCCAGUUUAAUAUAGAUGCUGAGGAUAUUGUCGGCCUUAUGCCUUCAUUAGAAAUUUUUAUGAUCUUUAAGGUUCUAA